AUUCCUCCCCUCGCCGACGGUGCCGAUGGCGGCGGCGCUGCGCGCUCCGAGCGGUGCCCAAGCGGCGGCGGCGGCGGCGGCAGCGGCGGCGGCAACGGCGGCGGGGGCCGGACCCGAAGCGGGCAAUCCCGGGCCGGGCCCUUAUGGCAACGGCUUAGGGGCGGCCGAAGGGGACGAAGGGAACGGGAGCGAAGCGGGGGGGAGCCGGGGGAAGGGCGGGGGGAGGGGGGGCGGAGGGGGAGCCGGGCCGGGGGGGAGCGGAGGAGGAGGAGGAGGAGGAGGAGGUGGAGGAGGAGGCGGCGCCGCCGCCGCCGUCGUCGUCGGGGUCGGGUCGGGAUCGGGGACGUCGCAACCGCCGCCGCCGUCGGGGCCUUCGGGGUCGUCGUCGUCCGCCGGGACGGCGCCGGAGGGGAACGAGGAGUUGGAGGAGGAGGGGGGGCUCGGCGAAGGAGACGGAGGGGACGCCGCCAUCGAGGAUCCGGAACUGGAGGCCAUCAAAGCCCGCGUGCGAGAGAUGGAGGAGGAGGCAGAAAAGCUCAAAGAGCUCCAAAACGAAGUGGAGAAACAGAUGAAUAUGAGCCCCCCCCCGGGCAACGCCGGCCCCGUUAUCAUGUCGUUGGAGGAGAAGAUGGAGGCCGACGCGCGCUCCAUUUACGUCGGCAACGUCAGUUCUCUAUGGGGUCUUCUAUGGGGUCUUCUAUGGGGUUCUAUUUGGGGUCGGGGGCUUUUGGGGAUCCUUUUGGGGUCUUUAUGAGGUCUGGGGAUUUUGGGGAUCCUUCUGG